UGCUUGCUGUGUGCCCGCCUGAGUGAAGACUCAUUGUCUACCUAUCAUCACUGCCUGCCAGAGCCAGGUUUUCGCCGGUGCACGGCACACUCAUUACUUCUUUUCCUCUUCUUACUGUCACAUUUGGCGAACUCAAGCAAACGUCAAGUCCUUUGGCCCAAUUACAGGGCCUCGGCUGACUAGAUACCCGUGGCAAGUCGUGAGUCAAAAUCCAAAAGACUCUCACCUCUGGCUUAUAUGAGUACAUCAUACAUACCCCCCUCCAAGAUGAGCUUGUAAUUCAAGCCAAAGUCUUAAUCACAUUCAUAUCACUUGUCCCUAAUGAUUGGCUUUUCGACACCAAGUCCUGGCUUUCUUGCUUUGACUCACCCUUCUUCACUCUACUCAUCUCAACUUGUCGCGACCUGUCUCGUCUCAUCGCCCUGACGCCCUUACCAUCCAUCAGCUAACCGCGCACCAGCCACUCGUAUCGACUUUUCAUCUUGAGCUCACCAUCACCUCAAACCCCAGUGCGGUCUUGCAUGUUCAGCCGUACCCACAUCACCAACCCACCAUUCAUCGACUUCCUUUGACGAUCCUGGGACCCAGACUGCUUGCCUCAAGGCCUGUGCUGCGCCCUUUCCUUACCUUAUGCAACCGCACUUGUGCUUGCGCCUCCGCCUCCAUCACCACUGCUACCACCACCACCCUAGCUAAGGUGGUUAAGCUGGAGCUGCUUCUGGAGUGAGACCAGAAGGACUCUAUCUCGAAACCCAAGGAUCACGGCCCGUGGUCUAACGCGGCGCACGUUCUACCCCUCGACUUUCUGCACUGGCGCAUCUGCCGACUCGACACCUUCCAACUGUCAGGCCUGUCGUGUCAUGCUACGUGCCUGUGCUCGGCCCCGAUCUGUCUUGACCUGGAACCGCUGCUCGGUGCCGCGCGCAUCCUUGUACCCUUGCCUCAUGAAGAGAAACUUUGACGCGUUUGUGGGUCGUCCGUCUGUCUCUUCGCCGUCCACGAUGACCACCUCCGCUGCCGCCUCGUCUACGAGCAACAUCACCACUGCAAAUGAUCCCCCGACACUCAGUCUUACUCCCAAAGAGCAGCAAUUGAGGGAUCUUUUGGUUGACGUUGCUGCCUUCAUCGAUGGAGCCGGUCGUUCACCUGAGCCUCUCGUCCUUCGAUGGGCUGGGGGCUGGGUUCGUGAUAAGCUGCUUGGCAUAGAGUCUCACGAUAUUGAUACCGCCAUCAAUGCCAUGACUGGCUAUGCCUUUAGUCUGGAGCUGCGCGACUACUGUGCUCUAGAAGAGCACACAAAGAAGCACAAUAUUGGUCCCGAUGAUAUGGGCAGCCUCCACAGGAUUGCAGCGAAUCCCGAUAAGUCGAAGCACCUCGAGACAGCGACUACCCGUAUGUUUGGUCUGGACGUUGACUUUGUCAAUUUACGCAAGGAGACGUACACUCAGGACAGUCGCAAUCCUACAAUGGAGUUUGGUACUGCCGAGGAAGAUGCUCUGCGCCGCGAUGCCACCAUCAACGCCCUCUUUUACAAUUUACACACCGGCCUGGUCGAAGAUCUGACCGGAGGACUCACAGACAUGAAGUCUCGCCUGAUCCGCACACCCAUGGAGCCUUUCCAGACCUUUACAGACGAUCCCCUCAGAGUCCUGAGAUUGCUCCGCUUCGCCAGUCGUCUCGACUUUUCAAUUGAUUCUGCUGCCACUGCAGUCAUGGCCGACCCCCAAGUUUUGAACGCUCUGAAACUUAAGAUUAGCCGCGAAAGGGUUGGUGUCGAGAUGGAAAAGAUGCUAAAGGGUAAGAACCCAUGCAUGUCUCUGGACUUGAUUCGAACCCUCAAACUGUACGAGGCCAUCUUCACGGAUUCCAGUGAUAGCGGUCACCCGUCACCUGAUCUCUCCAAGUGGAAACUGGCCUACAACCUCCUUGACAGGCUCGCUCAUGACAAGGUCCCCAGAAUGAUCUAUGACGUUCUCGUCACAUCCGACGAAGCUGCAUACUUUGCUUGGAAUUUAGCUGCAAUUACCCCGUACUCCCACGUAAUGGAGGAAGUACCCUUACCAAAGGCUCGGGGUUCUGUGCCUCUGCCUACGUUGGUUGCCCGGGAAGGCGUUAAGGCCCCCAACAAGCUUUGCGAUGUAAUUACUGCAGCAUAUCGCCACCGCGUCGAGAUUCUUGAUCUGAAGCAAAGCUUUGGUGCCGGGCAAUCUAGGACUACUGAAAGGGGCAUCGUUGGUAUGGCAAUUCGUAAGUGGGACAGCCAUGGAGGCCACUGGCGGAUCCAGGUACUCUAUGCCUUACUUGUCGAGGCUAUUGAAAAGUUGCCAUCUGAUUCCCCUACGGACAGAGCAGAGUUUCUCUCUGGAUGGCAAAAGUUCCUGGACCACCUUGCUGAUCUGGACGUCAUGGACGCACCUUCGUUGACGCGCCUGGUAGACGGGCGAUUGCUGGGAAAAGAACUCGGUGUCCGCCCCGGUAAGUGGAUGGGCCAGGCCUUGGAUGUUUGCGUUGCCUGGCAGCUUCGUCACCCAGACGAGACUGAGCCGGCAGGGGCCAUUGAAGAGGUGCGACGACGAGCAGUAGAACUGGGGAUCAAGGGGCUUCCCACAUGGUGAACCCAGCUGUACUGGGCAGAAUGCCCUUCAAGACGGGCUUUGCACUAUGUAACGAGCUAAGACUUCGAUUGCCUCGGGCAGUGCUAGGUGCA